AGCGAGGCAGCCAAGAUGGACGCGGGAUUUUUCCGCGGUACAAGCGCAGAGCAGGACAAUCGGUUCAGCAACAAACAGAAGAAACUUUUGAAACAACUGAAAUUUGCAGAAUGUCUGGAGAAGAAGGUGGAUAUGGGAAAAGUAAAUCUGGAAGUAAUUAAGCCUUGGAUUACCAAACGUGUUACAGAAAUCCUAGGUUUUGAAGAUGAUGUAGUGAUUGACUUUAUCUUCAACCAGCUGGAAGUAAAGGCUUGAACCAAAAUGGAAGUUAUUCCUUGCGUGUGAAGUAUAGCACCAUCAACUAAUUAGGGCACAGCAGAGUGAGUGUCCAAUGUCGCUCUGACCCAUCUCUUGAUGAUGCAGUGUAUGUUUUGGAGAUAAAUGAUAUAACAUUAAACUCAAGGUGGUUGAGUUGCUGUAGGCAGUCGGAAGCAAGCCAAGCGAACACCUUUCUCUCCAGGGGGACUUGGAGAUUCCAAAUAUCCUCUCCCCAAGGUCCCGAGAAGAGGCUGAAGACUGCUGGAAUCUGUAUUUUGUGCUGUUGCGCUGUGUUUUUCACAUGGAGCCAUGUUGCUUGACUAUGCUCUUAGUGUUUCAAACUGCCCACUUCUGUUGAGAACUCAACCUUUUGUGGACGACACAAGUUCUUAUAUUACCCAUGAGUUCAGUUAGUGGAUUUUACAGGAGCAUGCAUGCAAACCUUUUAUUUGGUAGCUAGGUUUGUAGGUGCUAAGUGAUUCUUCUGAUUCUUAGACAUUUUUGUUUCAUAGUCAAGUUUUAUAACACAAUUUAUCUUAAGGGGUUGUUCAUCUUAAAUACUUUUGGAAUUUUAUAGAUAGCAAAAUUCUCAAUUUGCAAUUGGUCUUUUUUGUGUUUUUUGAAUUAUUUUUAAUGUUUUGUUCUGCACUAUUAGGUUUAAGGUGUUUUCUGGUUGCUAGUUUUUACUUACCCUUGCAACUAGGGAACAAUUUUGAGAUUGAAAUAGAACAUGAAUUAAGAGGACCUUAAAAGAAAUAUGAGCAAUACAUAAUAAGUCGAGCAUUACAUAAUAAGUCUACCAAUAGGUGAAAGUUGAAGCCUCACAACCUAUUUUUUAAUUAUUUUUGAGUGCUGGGUCAGUUAUCCCAACAGUCACAGCAGAAUUUCCAGAUGCAUGCUGGAAAGAGCCAAAAUAGGACGUUUAAUAAUUCAAAAAAAUACAAAAUAAAUUAUGAAGACCAAUUAAGAUGUACAUCUAUAACAUACUAAAAGUUAAUCUAAAGUUGAGCAUCUUCUUUAAGCACAUUAGUAAAUAAUGUUAUGCCCCAGUAAUGUAGAUUUAGUUUCUCUUAAAGCAGUCCAAAGCCAAAUUUUAAUAAUUGAAGGAAUUUUGGCUUGCAACAUUUAAGCCAGACAUCAGUGAAUUAAACUAAUUUGUUGCACAAAUUCGUAAGUUAGUGUCAGGUACUCUAGUGAAAAAAAAGAAAAUGGAAAAACAUCUCCAUGCACUAAAGUUGUAUCUAAUCCAUAAAUCUUUGUUGUCUCUUUGCAGAACCCAGACUCCAAAAUGAUGCAGAUAAAUCUUACAGGCUUUUUAAAUGGCAAAAAUGCUCGAGAGUUCAUGGGUGAGCUGUGGCCACUACUGCUGAGUGCCCAAGAAAAUAUUGCUGGUAUACCUUCCGCAUUUUUGGAGCUUAAAAAGGAAGAGAUAAAACAGAGACAAAUUGAACAAGAAAAGCUGGCAACAUUAAAGAAGCAAGAUGAUGACAAGGAUAAAAGAGACAAAGAUGAUAAAGAAAGAGACAAAAAGGAUCGAUCCAGAAGUCCAAGAAGACGUAAAUCAAGGUCUUCCUCACCUCGAAGACGAUCUCCAGUCAGACGCGAAAGAAAGAGAAGUCACUCUCGUUCACCUCGUCACAAAACAAAAAGCCGUAGUCCUUCUCCUGUUAUUGAGAAGAAAGAAAUAGUAAUACCAGAACCUGAACCGUCAAUUAAAGGGAGAGAGCCUUCUGUCCAGGAGGCUACAUCAACAAGUGAUGUAUUAAAGGCUAUGAAACCAGAGCCUGCUGCAGAUAACAAAGAGUGCUCACCUGAACCAAAUACUCGCAAGGCAAAAGAGCGAGAUCGUCAUCGCCAUAGAUCGCGUUCGCGCUCAAAGUCUAAAUCUAAAUCUCGUUCUCCUUCACACUCCAGGCCCCGUAGACGCCACAGGUCACGGUCUAGGUCCUACAGUCCCAGGAGGCGACCAAGUCCUAGGCGUAGGCCUUCUCCAAGAAGGAGGAGCCCUCUGCGUCGCUUGCCUCCCCCACCUAGACAUAAGAGAAGCAGGAGUCCAGUGAGAAGGAGAAGACAUUCUUCUGCUUCUUUGUCUGGAAGCAGCUCAUCUUCAUCAUCUUCUCGGUCACCUCCACCCCCAAAGAAGCAGCCCAAGAGGAUCUCUUCCAGCCCUCCCCGUAAACCUCGACGCUCUUCCCCUUCAUCAAGUCCACCGCCACGACGAAGGUACAGACCAUCUCCAACCCCACCUCCAAAGAGAAGAUCCCCAUCUCCAACUCAGUCUUCUCGUCCUAGAAAGAUUAGAGGUUCUGUAUCUCCUGCUAGACCUCCAGUGAUAAAACAUAAAGUCAUUGAAAAGAGAAAGUCCCCUUCACCUCCCUCAAAGCCCCGCAAAAGAGAUUUAUCAGAAUCUGAUGAUGACAAAGGAGGAAGAAUGGCACCACCAGAUUCUGUGCAGCAGAGGCGGCAGUACAGACGACAGAAUCAGCAGUCCUCUUCAGAGAGUGGUUCAUCAUCCUCUUCUGAGGACGAGAGGCCUAAACGUAUUUCUGUAAAGAAUGGGGAAGUUGGAAGGAGGAGGCGGCACUCUGCAUCUCGUAGCCCUUCAGCUUCACGAAAGCGGCUUAAAGAAUCCUCACCACGGAUUCUUACUGGAAAAAGGUGGCAGUCCCCUAUGCUGAAAAGCCGGAGAAGGAGGAGCCCAUCUCCACCCCCUUCUAGAAGACGAAGAAGUCCUUCACCUGCUCCUCCCCCUAGAAGACGUCGAUCUUCUUCUCAGAGACGCAGAUCUCCGUCUCCACCCCCACGCAGACACUCUCCCACUCAAAGGCGAUACUCUCCACCCAUACAAAGAAGAUACUCUCCCUCUCCUCCGCCCAAAAGAAGAACCUCAUCACCUCCUCCACCUCCAAAACGCAGGGUCUCCGUAUCUCCCCCAUCAAAGCGCAGAAUGUCUCACUCACCCCCUCCAAAACAUAAGGGCUCUCCAGGAGGCAAAAGACGUUCCCCUUCUCUGACGUCCAAGCAUAGAAAAGGGUCUCCUCAAACCAGAUCUGGACGUGAGACUCGCUCCUCACCACAGAUUAGUCGUCUGUCGCCUUCCCCUCUUAGUAGGUUAGACAGAAGCUCAGAGUCCCCACCAGAACAGAGAAGAGUUUCAUCGGUAUCCCCUCUGAGGAGGCAGCCAUCCCCUUCUCCUAGUCCACGACCGAUCAGGAGGGUGUCUAGAACCCCAGAACCGAAGAAAAUAAAAAAGGAAUCUUCAAGUCCAGAGCUAGCUAGAAGGGGAACCAUGUCCAGGUCGGUGUCAGGAUCACCUGAGCCCGCUCAUAAAAAACAAGCUUCUCCUUCGCCGCCUAGAUCUCUGCCUCAAUCCGGCAACUGGUCUCCAGGUCCUGAGCCUGCCAAAAGGGCUAAGAGCACUACUCCUAGUCAGUCACCUGUUCGGACAUCUGACCAGGAAGGCGGAGGAAAAAAGAAAAAGAAGAAAAAGGACAAGAAGCAUAAGAAGGAGAAGAAGCACAAGAAACACAAAAAACAUAAGAAAGAGAAGACCUCAGCUGCUUCUCCUGAGCCAGUAGAUAAAGAUGAAGACACUGAAGCAAAGAAGGAGACUGAAAGCGAUGGCGAAGGAAAUCUAGACGAUUUGGAGAAGCAUUUACGAGAGAAGGCUCUGCGUUCGAUGAGAAAAGCGCAGGUUUCUCCACAUUCCUAGUUGUCACUUCAGUUUGCUGCCAUGUAAAUUUUUUUUCUUACUCUGUUUCAGACAACUGUUAAUGCAUUCUAUGUUUAGUAUAUGUCACUUGAGAUUAGGCUGACAUUUUACCAUUUAAAGCAUCAAAAUAGAACUAUUAAAUUGUUUCAUGAAUAGUGGCAAGGAAGAUUUUAAACUGGAGAGUAGGGCAGCCAUACAUUUUAAGGGCAAAUGAAACUGCCUGUGCCUGCACUUUCAGGGUUAUUUUAUUUCUUCCUAUACCAUCAGUAAAUAUGCCACGGAUUACCCAAGUUAAAUAACUGUACAGGCUUUCUCACUGCAAUGUUAAUAAUAUAUGAGGAAUGCCAUCUGCUUUACUAAAAGAUGGAGGCUGUUUAAUAUACAGUGUUUUUGUAGAAGGUUUGCAACAUAACUAAAAUGUUAAACAUUUUACAAUAAGGUCAUGGUGUUCUAUAUUGAUUUAUAUUGUCAACAAAAAAAUACCUCUGGUCCUCUUGUAUACAGCACCAUGUUUUUCUUCCUGUUACAGCUGGUAUUUCUCUUAAGGCGCUAACUUGGAACACUGGAAUUUAAUUAUUUUAUUAAAGACAGCCCCCUGACACACUCCUUUGGGGCACUCAUUUCUCUCCCUUAUCCUAAAGUUAAUCAUAAAACUCAUUAAGGAAAGACCCAGAUUUUGAAUAUUGUAAUGUUUUCAUUUUUUUCCAAAGCUUAAACAAAAGUUGUCUAAGGCUUUGUGGAUUAAAAGGUGAAUUUCUACAUAAAGA